UAAGAGACCCGAUAUCCCAUUACCAGAAUGUGUCAACUCCACCGUUGAAGAAACAGAAGACGGAGACGUUUGUGUGUCUACCCUAGAAUGUCGAAUAAAUCAAGACACUGAAAACCUAGACAAAUUGGUCUUACAUAACGUUAUGGAACAACAAUUAUUAAUUAUGAGAGAAAAUACAGAUUUGAAGAUUCAAAUGCAAGAGGUUUAGAAGCAUAUCAAGAGCGUACAGAAAGACCAGGAAGACCACGAAAACAUGAACCAUCAUCUUACUCUCAUGCUCAAUAUAUUGUCAAAAGUGUUAUAUACACAGAAACGUUCAGAAAUUCUGUCUGACAAACUUUUCGAGGGACUCUGCAAAGUAAAAGACAUGGGGAAGAAACUACCAUUAGAGCUGAGGGAGUUUUGUAACAGUAUAAGAAAAACAGUUGGUCAGGAUUUUCGCAAGAUAGGAAGAGAACUUGGAAUAGAACCAGAUAUGCUGAAUCAUAUUGAAGACGAGUAUUUGGACGCAGAUGAGUGUUUGCACCAAAUUAUUUUGGAGUGGAGUUCACGAACUGAAACAGCAUCCUACAAAGCAUUAGUUACAGCAUGUUGUAAUGUAAAUCCAGACAUUUUAAAAUGUAAGCCACUUGAAGAAAAGAAGGCGUGUGUGCUUCUAAGAAGUUACAGUAUGUUGUGUAAAGAAAUGCUAGAAAUACCUCUUUUACCGCAUCUGAUUUCUGACGGAGUGAUGUCAUUGAAAAUGCAAAGAUAUGUUUUACAGCCAAAGACGCAUGAUCAAAGAAUUAGUCGAUUAUUAAGUAUUCUUGAGACGAGGGAAAAUGGAUUCGAAGCUCUAUUAUCUGCGUUGGAUUUAUCUGAUCAGAGUCACGUUUCUGAUUACUUAAAGAAAACAUUAAAAGGACAAACAGGAGAAACCUUGACACAACCAGAAGAACCUUGUACUGAAAAUGAUGGAGCUGACAAAAUUACACAACCAUGCAUAUUAAGAUCGAAACGUGUUCCAUCGUGCGAAGCUUUAGAUAGUGAUGAUAGUAAAGGCCCAGCUUACGACAUAUUGAUGAAAAUUCAAGAAAUUAUUACAAAGGCCGUCUCUCCCGAACAGCCUUGACUUCAUUUAUGUAUAAGCAUAUAAGUAAUGGUCAGCUUUUGAAUAAAACAUGAGAAGAUAACU